CAAAUUCAAAAUGCAUGUUUGGAAGCUACUCUGAAGAUAUGAAGUAUGCUCCUUGGUAUUUUCUUUACAUACCAAGUAUGGAUGAUCAUCUGCAUUUUUGAAGCUUCAGCUGAUUGGGAAUUGUCAUGUUAUAACGAAUCUCUGCACAUACAUUGUGGCUCUGAAAAAACAAUAAUUAUUCAUGAAGCUAACUUUGGUUAUUUUCGUGAGAUUCUACUUAUUUCAAACUCAACCAGUCGGUGUCGUGCACACAAUUCUCGAGAGUGUUGGGUCGAUGUGACUGCCAAUAUAUCUAGAAGAUGUUCUGGUCAUACUGUAUGUAAAAAUUCCGUUCAUUAUUCAUCUGACUUGUCUGCUGAUUUGUUGGCGAGAGAAUGUCCUUUCAUAAUCGACAAUGCAGCUGGGCCGACGUUGUUUGUAGAAUAUGACUGCAUUUCAACAACUCUUGUAACACGAAUAUCUAAUGAAAAUCAUGUGGAUCCUGAAGAGAUUGGUGGUUAUUUAGUCAGCUUAGAUUAUAAUGAAAUAGUAAAAAGUGGUUCAGAAUGGAAAAGUCACUUAGCUGAGGCAAUGUGUAAUCCCAAAUCAAAUCAUUUACCGCAUCAGUUCUAUUUACCGGCGCCCAAAAUUGCAGCAACUAAAUAUUCAAAUGAUGAUGAUGAUGGUUUUAGCAGCUACGGUGAAAAUGGUCAUCGUGAAAAUAAUCAUGAUCGUCUACUGAACAAAGGCAAUUCGGCUACAUUUAUAUUACGGAUAAAAGAUAUAGAUUUGACUAAAUCAACCACAAAUAUGAAUGGAAUUUCAUCGGCUUUCGCUUCUUCAUCAUCCUCAUCUACUUCAUCAUUGUCAUCGUUUGGAUCUAUAUUAUCAAAUAAUAAUAAUAAUAAUAAUAAUAAUAAUAAUAAUAAUAAUAAUAAGUUAAUAUUAGCUACUGGAUCAGCAUGUCCAUCAAAUCCUGGAAUUGCAUGUAGUCAUGAUUAUUUAUCAGUUGAUGCUCAUAUAUCUAAUGUUUAUGAUGGUACAGUUAGUAAUAUACCAAUAAUUCGUUUUUGUUUAAUCAAUAAUUCCACAUUGAAUACAAUCACUACAAAGACAAAAACAAAAUUAACAGAAAUUGAAAUGAUCAAUUCAUCGUUAUCUUCUUCUUCGUCGUCGUCGUCUUCUUCUGCUUCAAUAUCUUCUGGAUCAUUUUCAUUUAAUUCAAUAGAUUAUAAUAAAUUAUAUCCACCAGAUGAAUCAUAUUUAGUUGGACAAUUUUAUGGUCCAAUCAGUAAUGUAUACGGUUUACAGUUUACAUCAAAUUUAAAUUUAUUAGAUCCUUAUAUCAUUCAUGGAAAAGGCAUAAUGUUAGAAUAUAUUGCUUUGUUAUGUGCUCCUAUCAAUCCACCAAGUGGUAAUGGAGUAGUUGACUAUCGGUUCCGUGUAAAUCAGCAAACAUCCCAUACUUUCGCUUAUGCUGAAGUAUUCUGUCCAUCUGACCGUUGGUUAGAGCCAAUGGAUCCAGACCAAGAUGAAAUCAAUCCAUCACAAUCAUCCUCGUCGUUUUCAUCAACAGGUAAUAGAUCAUCACUUAAUAAUAAUAAUAAUAUUCCUAAUCCAUGGUGGUUACAGCGUAGAAGACAUGUAACACUGAUUUGUGAUCAUCACGAACGUAAAUGGAUACCAAAUCGACUACCAGAAGCUUGUUUAACAUCCGAUGAACUUGCCACAUUUGUUGCACAAAUCACUAAAAAUUUACAAGAAAUGGAGAAAAAAACAAAAUUAUCCUUAAAUAGUAAUCAAUUGGAUAUGAACAAUAGUAAUGAUAUCAUGUUGAAAAUUUUGACAAAUAUCGACCAAUCAGAAUUAAAUACUACACAUACAUCAUUGUAUUUGAAAGCCGCUAAUAAUAAUGAUCAAGUUACGCAUCUUUCAUCAGUUGCCUUAGGCUCUAUACUUGGAAUAUUAAUAUUCCUUUUGGCCACUCUUCUGGUUGUCUAUAGUCUAAGGCAUAAAUUAUUUGAACACUAUCAUAAAACUAUUGAUCUAGCUGCAAUUUCAUCGUCAAAUCGUCUUGGUUCCUGUUCAUUGGGAACGUUUAGUAGAUCUAAGGAUACUUUAUUAUUUCCAACCUGUAAAAAAUCUCUCAUGUCAUUUCAUAAUAAUAGUAACAACAACAACAACCAUAAUCACACAAUUUUCACCAAUGGAAAUCUCUUCAAAUCUUAUCCACAUUUAUUAAGUCAUAAUACAAUCAAUGAAAGUUUCCCAGAUUUUUCGAAUACAGCACAACAACAAAAACAUCAAAAAACAUUUUUACUUCAUUCAUCAACUGCUUCAGGUGUGAAUAGAAAACCGUCGAAUAUUGACUUUAUUACAGAUGGUCAUUUACCACCAUGGCGUAAUUCUUUUAUGAAAAGGAAUCAAAAAACUCCUACUGCUAUUUCAGCGUUAACAUUAGUACCAAAUACACCGAGUUCAGAUCGUCGACAGAUUAUGAAUUCGUUGCCAUGGCUACGGACAAAUUCCAUAUCUCAUAUUAGCAGCACUCAUGGUGCUCCCUCUGCAUUUAAUCAUAAUACUAAUCAUACUAAUAGUACCACUAAUACUACUAAUAAUAAUAACCAUUCAAGAUUUGGAGCAUCUAGUGAAACAAUUCUAUUUUCGUCAUUGAAUCCACCGAAUGGUAUGCCACGUUCAUGGUGGUUACCAUGGCGUAGAAGUAUGCGAAAAAAACGUCGAUUAUAUACACAGUUACAAAGACGUCAAGAAAUUCAGUCAUUAUCUCAACGUGGUCUUUUAGAAUCAUCUGGUAGCUUUUUAGGAAAAUCCACUCCACAAUUACCAAAUAAUCGUCAUUUAAUGACAUCAUCAAAUAAUAGUGGUCUGUUAGUCAAUGAUAAUGUGUCAAGAUUUGGAACAACCGCUGAAACAUCAUUACCUAUGAUACCUAUAUCAUCAUCGCCAUCAUCAACAUCAUCAUUAUCAAACAAAGAAGAAUUGAUUCAUCAACAUCCAUACUCCAAUCAUAUUUUUUUAAGAUCGGGAAGGUCUGGGAGUGAAAGAACACGACAAAGUACAAAGACGUUGACCACAACAACAGACAAUGGUAGUAAUUCUGGGAUAGUUAGCGCUUUAUACGCAAAUGAUGAUCAAGCAAAUUCACCAAUUUAUACAAAGUAUCCUAACAAUUUGCCAAGUAAUAAUAAUAAUAGUAAUAGAGAUAAUACAUCACCGUCUAUUUAUCCCAAGACUAAUUCAAAUAUACAAUCUGUUUCAUGGAUCAAUGUGAAUGAUAAUGAUUUACCAUGGAAAUUUACACCACCAAGUAGAAAUAGUUUUAGUAAUGGUAUUCGACGAUUAUCAUCAUUUUUUCGUAGUUUUAAUCAAAGUAAUGGAUCAUUUACACCACCAAGAUAUCAUAAUAACAAUAAUAGUAAUAAUAGUUAUGGGUUAUCUUAUAAAAAAUCAUCUUUAAGGUCUUCAUCAUUCAAUACAUCACGUACAGAGAUGAUGCCAUCAAUGCCAGUAUUACCAACAUUUAAUUAUUUGACUACAUCAAAUAAUAAUAAUAAUAAUAGUAAUAAUAAUAAUAAUAAUAAUAAUAAUAAUAAUAAUAUUAAUAAUAAUAGUGGUAAUAUUGUACCGUUGACCAGUCAUUUUCCGGUCAAUAAACAACAUUUUGAUUCAUUUCGAUUAAAUGGUCGUCAUAUUACUCAUCCGUUGAUGCAACCAGCUUUGCAAUCAAUGUCAGAAUCGAAUGAUUUACACAUAAAACAUAAUUAUAUCGAGAAUAUGUGGAGUACUCAAACAGUAAAACCAUCAUUAUUUCAUCAAGAUACUUAUCAACAUCAAAAUCAUCAUACUAUGUAUAGUAGUGGAGAUGAACACACUACCAUUAAUGAUAUGUUAUCACGUAAUACAACAAAAACUAGUUUACAAGGAAGUAGUCGAAUAGAUUCUUUACUAUCCACAGAAUUGAUUGAUUUAUGCAACAAUAACAAUGGGGGUAAUAGUAAUAAUAACAAUAAUAAUAUUGUCAAGAAUGAUCUAUUGACUAAAUUAAAUUCUACUUCAAUGACAGUAAAACAAACGAUACCGAAUUCAAUGUAUAAUAAUUCAUUGAAUUAUAAUAAAUUUGAUUAUAUUGAAAAAGAUGAAUUAAAUCAUUUACCAUAUUUAACAACUGAUCCAUAUUUAGAACCUGUUUCAUUGAAACGAAGACAACAACAAGAAAAACAAUCGGAAAAUUUGAUAAAUACAAAAAAAAUCAAUCAUAUUGAUCAUUAUAAUGAUAUAGAUUUUGAUACAGGAUUGAAUGAAAAUGGUGAUUUAAUCAAAUUAAAUAAAUGUGAUCAACAACGUGCGUUUCAUAGUGGAACAAGUUCAGCAAUUAGUUCGUUAGUAUUUGCUGAUGAUUCUGAUCUUUCGAAAGUGUCAGAACAUUCAAUAAAUAGUCGAAAAUCUGAUCAAUAUAGUUCAUUACACUUGAUCACAUCACAAACUGUACCAUCAAAUAAUACUAAUUCAAUGAAUAAUAAUAAUUCUAUAAUAAAUGUUACGACGGCUAAUGCCAAUGUGUGUACUAUAGAUAGUACAAUCAACAAUUCUAUUCCUGCUGCUACACCGAUUGUUUCUAACACUGAUAUCAUUGUUGCUGUACCUCGAGUGAAAGAUCCAACAACUAUUGAUUAUGUAAUUUAUGAUGAAACACGUUCAUAUGAUAAGAAAAACAACCGAUUUACAUUGAAUAAAAUUACUGGACAACGACCACAUUCAAUUGAUUCUAACAGUAAUCCGUUGAAUACAAAUAACAAUUUUGUAGCUGGAACAUCAACAGUUGCAUCACCAAUGUUAUCAUCAGAUCAUGAAGUACAACGUAGAAUCCAUACAAUUAAAGGUGAUUCUGAUUCACGACCAUUAUCUGAUGCAAUGAUCAGCAAUCAUUAUUAUGAUUUGAAUCGUAAUGUCAAUUAUCAAGAAAUUUCAAUGGAAUCAUCGUUACAAGAAGAGGAAAACAGAAAUUCUAAUCAUCAAUUAUUAUAUAAAUCUCAUCCACCAUUGCCACCUUUAUGGUCUAAUAAUAAUAAUAAUAAUAAUAAUAAUAAUAAUAAUAAUAAUAAUAAUAAUAAUCGUAUGCAACAUUUUAAUAAAAACCACACCAAUAAUUUCACUACUACUAACAAUAAUAAUAGUAGUAACAGAAAUUUUGGUUCAAUCGAUUCAUUAUAUGAAACAGUGGAUUUGCCUAGAACUAAUUUACCAACCCCUAUGGUAGCAACGACAACAAUGAUGCAACAACAACAGCACUUCAUGGAUUACGGAAAUCUUGUCAAUAGUGAACGUUUACGUCAACAUCGACGUAGUAGUAUGGCAUUACCACCAACACCAUCAUCUCUAUCCAAUAUAAAAGCACCGAUACGUUUAAUCGGUGAAAUGGAUGAUUGGAAUUUGCCUAGUUGUUCUGAUGAUUCUGAAUAAUUAAUUUAUGGUUAAGAGAAAAGAAGAGAAGACAAUGAGAAUUCUUGUAUACAUCUAAGAUAUUUAAUGGAAACAUUCAAUCUGUAAAUGAUUUACAAUGACAAUCACUCCUUCAUUUCUUUAUUCACAACUUCAAUGUAUCACGGUUUUCUUCAAACGAGCUUCUAUUCAAUGGAAACAUUUUCCGACUUUUCACUGUGAAUAUUCAAUUAAUGAGUUUUGGAUGACAUUGAUAAAUAUGGGUAGUUUGUUUCUCUACAAAUGUGUUGUACAGUUUAUCAGUUUUUUUGCUUGCAAUACGUGACACUGUUUAGCUUAAAGUAUUCAGUGAUCUUUUUGUAUUCCAUUGAAGUUAUCUUCCAAGGAAUGUGAACAUUCAGUAGCUAAAUCUCGUUAUUAGCUUUUAUUCAGCAAUGUGUUUUCGAAUAUCAUGGUGAUAAUUCAGUGUGUGUUACUAUCUUGAAACCAGGAAUCCAGUAGCUUCUUUAUCUCUUCAGAAAUUUAUUAUAGUGACUUUCACGUUAUACAUCACCUGUAAACGCUGAAAAUAAAUAGAGGAUAUCUAUACCUUCACAGUAAAACUCGAGAACCCUGUGUUCAAUCUGAGUUAGUGUAUUUCAAAGGUAUUGUUUAUUAGGACGAAGCAUUUGUCUUCACAGACAUUCGCAGGUCGUCAAUGAUUGGCUAAAAUCAGUUAGUGGUGUAAACUGUGAAAAGUCAACAAUCUUCUGAUGUGAUUAAUUCGAAAACUAUUCAGUUCACUACACAGAAUAAUGAUAUGAAUAAAAUGAUUUCUCUCUCGUUUUUUCUAUGUUUGCUCAUCCUGUUCGAGUGCAUUUCACAUCCGGAUUACUCCACUUAUGUUCUACUCUUAGUUUGAUUUUUCUUAAGCUGCAUUCUGAAAUGAAACCCAGAAAAUGGUACCAUCCAAAUGUAGAUGAAUUUCAUUUAUCUGUUCAAACACAAAACCUAUUGACAAUUAUAAUCUUUAACAAAUCAUCCACAUAUACCUCUUUCGAUGAUCCAGAUCAUUUAUAAUACUUAUUUCGUUAUAUUCUUAAAGAGAUUGAGAAAUCUUUCACUGAACUAUAACUGUCUUCCAACAAUACACUUUUCGACACACUCACUCCCUCUCUCUCUCGUUAUAUAUAAAUCCUGAGUAUGUUCUUGACUUGAUAUUUUUUGCUUUCCCGACUGUAAAAGAAUGUUUCUAUCAAUAUUUUAUUUUGUUUAAAUUAACAUCACUUUCAUUCAUAUGUAUACCAAUGAGUAUGGACGUAUUCCUUUCCGAUGAUGUCGUCUUCUCAAAACUAGUUAGGUUAAUUAUGAAGCUCUGAAUAUUCUUUGCAAUUGAACCAUCCAUUUCAACUGAGCUACAAAUCCUUCACGUUAUAUAUGUCUAUAUACAUACGCUCUUAUUUGCUUCUCUAUACUUCUGUCCAGUUGAUUCGUAUUAAGAUGAGUUCAGUUGAAUUUUAUUUUUUGUGAAUACACAUACACACACACACAACGUACUCAAUUCACACUUGCCUUUUUCCAAUUUCUUUCAUUGGAACUCAUCACCACACCUUGUACAUUUUUUAGUGCAUAGAAUAUAUCAAAUUAAUAUCGUACACAUAUCUUCUACAGCAAACUGCACUCAAUAGUUUGCUUUUAGGCAUUACCAAAGUGACAUUUUAUGUCUCCGUUUUCCUCAAUUAUAAUACCUUCCUCGUUGUAUAUCUAUAUGUAUAACGAUUGCAUAUGUACACAGGAAAUAACCCUGAUACUGAUGCAAUUCUCUCUUUGUCAUUUUGUACGACAGUAAUAAAUUAUGCUUGCCCACUAUUUACUUAUAUAUAAAUGUGC